GGCGCUGGUCCCCUGGGAGGGCGCCCGCUUCGGGGAGCGCCUUGGGCUCUCGCCCCUGCUUCUCAAUCUCCUGUCGGGGGAGCCCGGCGGGCCCGGGACCCCCGCUCGUGCCGGUGCGGGCGCCGGCAUGUGGGUGCUGGAGGAUCAGGGGGGCCUCCUGGGCCCCUUCUCCUUCCUCCUGCUGCUGCUGCUGCUGGUGACGCGCAACCCCUUCAAUGCCUGCCUCUUCACCGGCAGCCUCUACCUGCUGCUGCGCCUCUUCAGCUUCGAGCCCGUGCCCUCCCGCCGGGCCCUGCAGGUGCUCAGGCCCCGAGACCGCGUGGCCGCCAUCGCCCACCGGGGCGGCAGCCACGACGCGCCCGAGAACACGCUGGCGGCCAUUCGGCAGGCAGCUAAGAAUGGAGCAUCAGGCGUGGAGCUGGACAUUGAGUUUACAUCUGAUGGGAUUCCUGUCUUGAUGCACGAUAACACGGUAGAUAGGACGACUGACGGCACUGGCCGACUGUGUGAUUUGACAUUUGAACAAAUUAGGAAACUCAAUCCUGCAGCAAAUCACAGAUUAAGGAAUGAUUUCCCUGAUGAAAAGAUCCCCACCCUGCGGGAAGCCGUUGCAGAGUCCCUGAACCAUAACCUCACCAUCUUCUUUGAUGUCAAAGGCCAUGCAAAUAAGGCUACUGAUGCUCUAAAGAAAAUAUAUAUGGAGUUUCCUCAACUAUACAACAAUAGUAUGGUCUGCUCUUUCUUGCCAGAAGUUAUCUAUAAGAUGAGACAAACAGAUCAGAAAGUAGUGACAGCUUUAACUCACCGACCUUGGAGCCUAAGCCACACAGGAGAUGGAAAACCACGCUAUAAUUCUUUCUGGAAACAGUCUAUUUUUGUGGUGAUGGACAUUUUGCUCGAUUGGUGCCUGCAUAAUAUUUUGUGGUACCUGUGUGGAGUUUCUGCUUUCCUCAUGCAAAAGGAUUUUAUAUCCCCGGACUACUUGAAGAAAUGGUCACGUAAAGGCAUUCACGUUAUUGCUUGGACUGUUAAUAGCUUUGAUGAAAAAAAUUACUACGAAUCCCAUCUUAGGUCCAGCUAUAUUACUGACAGCUUGUUGGAAGACUGUGCAUCUCAGUUUUAACUUUCCCCCAGGGAGGAAACGUGAGUACGGAAACUUCCUGCUGGCUUCCUGCAGGAAUACCAGCUCAUCCUUUGUGCUAGACGAGCCCGGGGAUCGGGGGCCCACACAAGCAAUAGGCGGUAGUUGCAUUUUUACAUGAACCCCAAGCCAGACCCGGGGCUGCCUCCAUGGAAUGCCUGCGCUCCACACCGUUGCUCUUGAAACCCUGGGUCUGCAGAAAGGCACAACAGCUCUGCCCCCGCCUGGCAGAGCACACACCAGGACCCAGCGGGGACAAGGGCAGACUGAGUGGUGCUGUUUGGGCGCAGAGGCCAAUGCAUGGGAAAUGCAUGAUCACUCAGUUGACAUUUUAAAACUUGACACAUUUAUGGAAUUUACUUAUUUGAAAUAUUUGUAUUCGGCUAUGUUAUCAAGGUACUGUAGUCAUCAAACUUGUGACCAUACUAAUAAAAUCAUUAAAAGGAGCACGAAGGGAAAAAUUUCAAGCAUCAUCUCCUAAGACAAAGAAUUUGAGUAUUUGGGGAGGCUGCUGUCGGCAGUCCCUGGUGGGGCAUGGAAAGUGGGUGGGAAGUCUUGGAACCCUUCUGCGUGGUUGUUCCCGUAACCUGAAAUAAGAGCUACAAACCACAAGGGGGCAGAGUUGCCCUUUUCCCCCCGCUACUCUACAAAGGAUGAUCCCAACAAUUAUGACUGAAAGAAACUUCCAGGAACAUCUAAGGUUAUCCUCAUUUUACAAACACCAUUUCUGAUAUUUCUCAGAAAGGACACAGCUGGGAACAUAGUAGAUCCUGAUGUUUUAAGUAAAAGUCUUGUUUUCUAUUUGCCAGAAACUGCAGUGAUUUAAUAUACAUGAUCUCAAUUAACCAUCACAAAAAUCUUAGAGG